CCGCCUGGCAGUUUUCGACCCUGACCUUUCGUACUGAUCUUGAGUCAUUUAGACAAAGGAAGAAAGAAACCAGUUUUUAGCUUUAAAAGAGGACGAUGGAUGAUAUUAUUGAGAAUGGAAAGAACAAGAAAUGGGUAGUCUGUAAGUUGUGUGGAUCAAAAGUUCUGCGACCUUGCGCGGCCAGUUACGAACAAAGAGAGCUAUUCUUACCUUUCAUGCAGAAAAAGAAGGACUUUGCUGGCGCUGAAGAACAUCAAGGUGAAAUCCUUCAAGAACAUUGGAUGGUAUCAGAUAUGUUUACGUUCGAAAAUGUUGGCUUUUCAAUGACUGUGGAUUCAAUCAAAUAUUUAGCCUGUGCCGAUUGUGAGUGUGGACCAAUAGGCUGGCAUGACAUUAAUGACAAGACGAAGUUUUAUGUUGCUGUUGCACGAGUAGGGCAUCAAGAUCUAUCACAAUAACUUCAUAUUAUAGCUUAUGGCAGAGUAAAUGGUAUGAUACCUUUGAUUACCCGGAUAUUUUUGUAAUUUUCUCUCAUUAUUAUUUUGACAUAAAUAAUGCACAGAUCAAUUUGAAGCUUCAACAUCCC